ACUUUCCUGUUGACCAUGGCUUUUCAACUAAAGACUGUCUUUCAGAGCCGUCAAGCCUUGGCUAUAGGUGCUGCGGCAAUCGCAGCUGUUCCAGCAAUUACUCUUUUGUCUGAUGAUGUAGCCCAUCCACCGGCUUUCCCUUGGCGCCACCGUGGAUUCUUCUCGUCUUACGAUUGUGGUGCUCUUCGCCGAGGUUUCCAAGUUUACCGGCAGGUCUGCGCUUCAUGCCAUUCAGUCGAGCGUAUUCGCUGGCGUGAACUUGUCGGCGUGACUCAUACCAAAGAGGAAGUUCAGCAGUUGUGUAAGGAAGUUGAUGUCUUAGAUGGACCCAACGAUGAAGGUGAAAUGUUCGAGCGUCCCGCGAAGUUGUUCGAUGUCCUGCCCAAGCCGUACUUGAAUGAAGAGCAAGGGCGUUCCGCCAACGGUGGCGCUUAUCCACCAGACCUCUCCUUGAUGGUGAAGGCGCGACAUGAAGGACACGACUACAUUAUGUCGCUAUUGACUGGAUACAUGGAACCCCCGGCGGGCAAGGUAAUGAUGGAAGGGCUCUAUUACAAUCCAUACUUUCCGGGUGGUGGGAUUUCCAUGCCCCCUCCGUUGCAGGAUGAGGGCGUAGAGUACCCUGACGGUACAGUGGCAACUAUUUCCCAGCAAGCCCGUGACGUUGCUCAAUUCUUGAACUGGACCGCCGAACCCGAAAUGGAACAGCGCAAGAAAAACGCUGGUCUCAACAUGCUCGCCCUCAUUUUUAUGACACUCGGUGCGGGGUAUAUGAAGCGUUGGCGAUGGUCGCCGCUCAAGACACGAAAGAUUGCGUAUGUGAAGGAUAUGUAAACGGAACCAUUGCAUGUUCUGAUGCGCAAACUGAGAAAACGGGUAUGAACAACGUCCACUCAUUAAAAUUUUAAGACAGUGUGUUGAAAGUUUACUGCGCC